AUGGGUAAUAAAGGUGUUAUCUCUUUUCCUUGUUCACAGUGGGACGCCAUUACAGAGAUGGAUGAGUACAAUCGACCUAUUCAUACUUACCAAGUGUGUAAUGUAAUGGAAGCAAACCAAAACAACUGGCUACGUUCAAAUUGGAUCUCCCGUGAUGCAGCACAAAAAGUGUUUGUUGAAAUGAAGUUCACCCUCAGAGACUGUAACAGCAUUCCAUGGGUAGUGGGAACCUGCAAAGAGACUUUUAAUCUUUACUACAUGGAAUCGGAUGAUGCUCUUUAUGUGAAAUUCAAGCCAUCACAAUAUAAUAAAAUUGAUACCAUUGCUGCUGAUGAGAGUUUUACACAAAUGGAUUUGGGAGACAGAAUUUUAAAGCUCAAUACAGAAGUUCGUGAGGUGGGUCCAGUAACAAGGAAAGGUUUUUACCUGGCUUUUCAGGAUAUUGGGGCAUGCAUUGCUUUAGUAUCUGUCAGAGUCUACUAUAAAAAAUGUCCUUAUAUGGUUCGGAAUUUGGCAAUGUUUCCAGAUACUAUUCCAAGAGUUGAUUCAUCUUCACUAGUGGAGGUACGAGGUUCUUGUAUAAAAUACGCAGAGGAAAGAGACACUCCAAAAUUGUAUUGCGGAGCUGAUGGAGACUGGCUUGUACCACUUGGGCGUUGUGUCUGCAGUGUUGGGUAUGAGGAAAUAGAUGGAUCAUGCCAUGCAUGCAGACCUGGAUUCUACAAGGCUUUUGCUGGGAACAUCAAAUGUUCUAAAUGCCCUCCACACAGUUUCACCUAUGUUGAGGCAACAACUGUUUGUCAAUGUGAGAAAGGUUACUUUCGAGCAGAGAAAGAUCCAGCUGCUAUGGCAUGCACAAAACCACCUUCAGUUCCCAGGAAUGUAAACUUUAACAUGAAUGAAACAGCACUUUACUUGGAGUGGAAUCCUCCGUUUGAUAAUGGAGGCCGAAAAGACAUAACUUAUAACGUGAUCUGCAAAAAGUGCGGUUCUGAUCCCAACCAGUGUGAACUAUGUGGGGGUCUUCGCUUUGUACCCAGAAACUCUGGCCUGAUUAAUUCCUCUGUCAUCGUUCUUGACUUCCUUUCUCAUGUCAACUACACAUUUGAAAUUGAAGCAACCAAUGGAGUUUCCGAACUUAGCUUCUCCCCUAAGCAAGCAGCUGCUAUCAUGGUGGCAACUGAUCAAGAAGCUCCGUCCUUAAUUAACAUGGUGAGAAAAGACUGGGCAUCUCAAAACAGCAUAGCACUUUCAUGGCAAGAACCAGACUAUCCUAAUGGGGUCAUUUUGGACUACGAGAUCAAGUAUUAUGAGAAAGAACAUGAACAGCUCAGCUAUUCAUCUACAAGAUCGAAAGCUCCAAGUGUAAUAAUCACAGGCCUGAAGCCAUCCACAAAGUAUAUAUUUCACAUUCGUGUCAGGACUGCUGCAGGAUACAGUGGUUAUAGUCAUAAGUUUGAAUUUGAAACUGGAGAUGAAACUUCUGAUCUGGCUGCAGAACAAGGGCAAAUUCUGGUAAUAGCAACAGCCGCAGUGGGAGGAUUCACACUUCUGGUUAUACUCACACUCUUUUUCCUGAUCACUGGGAGGUGCCAGUGGUACAUAAAGGCCAAAAUGAAAUCUGAAGAAAAAAGACGUGCUACCUUACAGAAUGGGCAAAUAAGGUUUCCAGGAGUAAAAACCUACAUUGACCCAGACACAUAUGAAGAUCCCUCUUUAGCUGUCCAUGAGUUUGCAAAAGAGAUAGAUCCCUCCAGGAUCCGCAUUGAAAGAGUAAUUGGAGCAGGGGAAUUUGGAGAAGUUUGCAGUGGAAGAUUGAAGACUCCUACAAAGAAAGAAAUCCCAGUUGCCAUUAAAACUUUAAAAGGCGGUUAUAUGGACAGACAACGGAGAGAUUUUUUGAGAGAAGCAAGUAUCAUGGGACAGUUUGAUCAUCCAAAUAUUAUUCGUCUGGAGGGUGUUGUUACAAAAAGUCGGCCAGUAAUGAUUGUGGUAGAAUAUAUGGAAAAUGGAUCCCUCGACUCAUUCUUGCGGAAACAUGACGGUCAUUUUACAGUCAUACAGCUGGUGGGCAUGUUACGUGGCAUUGCGUCUGGGAUGAUGUAUCUCUCUGACAUGGGCUAUGUACAUCGUGACCUUGCUGCCAGGAACAUUUUGGUUAAUGGUAACCUUGUGUGCAAAGUGUCGGACUUUGGACUUUCUCGAGUGCUGGAAGAUGAUCCUGAAGCUGCCUAUACAACUACGGGUGGAAAAAUCCCUAUCAGGUGGACAGCCCCAGAAGCAAUAGCGUAUCGUAAAUUUUCUUCUGCAAGCGAUGCAUGGAGUUACGGCAUUGUUAUGUGGGAAGUGAUGUCUUAUGGGGAGAGGCCCUACUGGGAGAUGUCAAAUCAGGAUGUGAUUCUAUCCAUUGAAGAAGGUUACAGACUACCUGCACCUAUGGGUUGUCCAGUGUCAUUACACCAACUAAUGUUACACUGCUGGCAAAAAGAAAGGAAUCUACGGCCCAAGUUUUCAGACAUUGUCAACUUCCUGGAUAAGCUCAUCCGCAACCCAAGCACUCUUCACAUACUAGUGGAAGACAUCUUGGGAAUGCCAGAAUCACCGGGUGAAGUUCCAGAAUAUCACUUUUUUGUAACAGUCAGCGAGUGGCUGGAAUCCAUUAAGAUGGGACAGUAUGCCAAUCAUUUCAUGGCUUCUGGUUUCACAACUUUAGAUGUGGUUUCUAGAAUGAGCAUUGAUGACGUCAGAAGAACUGGUGUUACACUCAUUGGACAUCAGAGACGAAUAGUGAGCAGUAUACAGACUUUACGAUUACAGAUUAUGCAUAUACAGGACAAAGGAUUCCAUGUAUGAAAGUAGUAGGAGCAACUGUUUUGUGCCUCAGCAUUUCUCUAACCGGAGAUAUUCUUAUUCCUCAUUUUGGACUCUUCCAGACCAUAUAUGGACUCUUGGGUAGAGAGUGAGAACUCCACAUUAAAGCUUCCAUAUUGGAGUUUUUGAAAAGUAUACAUAGAUAUGUCUUCAAGAUACUUAAAAAAAUCCUGGGCCCUUAAGCAAGACUGCUGCUUCACACUGAUGGAUGGUUACGCAUGGAUGUGCAACUACAUACGACAACUGCCGCAAACAGAAAACAUUAUGGCCAAGUCUAGCUUUUUUUCUUUGUGUAUUUGGGACUUGAAGAUACCAUAUUAGUUAACUGUUUUUUUUCUCAUUUUGUGAUAUUGUAACUUCCAGUAUAAAAUGUCCAAUUGAAAACACAAAGUAUAAUGCAAAUUGUAAAGAUGAUGUUCCAUAUCUAGAGCUGGAGAUAACUAAUGUAAAUUGGUUGGCCCAGCACCUGAUGUCAAUAUUAUGUGACAGUUUGUUGAGUGAGCGAGGAUCAGUAAUCUUUAUAGCAAGAGCAAUGUUUCUUUAGUGAGUAUUGAGUGUGUGUGGAAAACCAAGUGUACUUCCUGAGGCCCAGGAUUGAAUUGUACUCUAUGCUAUAUAUUCUUGUACUUUUACAGUUUAGAAUCAGAAAACUAUUUGUCUUCUAGUGUUUUUACGACAUCUAUGCCAACCUGAAACUUCCCAUAAAAAGGCUAAAGGAAUGGUGUAGCUCCUCGAUUAUCUACCGCUCGAUUAACUAGUCCUGAAAGGGUAGCACAGACAUUACUAGUUAAUCCUUUGUCUAGGGAGUUAAUAAAAGCACACUGCAAAUAUAUUAGAAAUAUAUAAUAUUUAUAAGUGUUUCCAUUACCUUUUUCAUAAUUAUAUGAAAAUGACCAUUAACAUUUCUCCUCAGAAUCAGUUUGACUUCCUUAUUUGUGUGUCAUGGCAUACAGUGCCUUUUACAGGGUCUGUAAUAAAGUAGGAUUGAUUGCUGCUUCUGAAAGACCCAUUCAAAGCCCACUUUAUCUUAAGUCACUGUAUUCUCUCUGACUGUGUCAGCACCAAACAUAAUGUGUUUAGAUGCAUUCUACAAGCCUUCUAUAAGAGUUUAUAAAUAAAUGCAGUAGAAUGAUAUAUGAAGGUCCUGCUCCAUAUCAUCUUUUAAAAUGGUUCUAACAGUUUACUUGUACUUAUUAACAUGCAGAAGAGUUAUGUUGUGCCAUAUAGCUUAUUCAAGUUUACUGGGUAACAUACACCAAACAUAUCUGCAUCAAAUUCAAUGUCUGGAUUAGCAUACAGUCUAAAAACGUAUGCAUGUAUAUAAACAGAUAUAUGCAUAUUCACUGUAGACAAAACAUAUUGAAAUUAAAUUUUAUACAGUCUACUACACAAA